AUGAUGAUGAUGAUGAUAUCACAUGAAAAAUUAAUGCCAAAAACAAUAAAUCAUUUAUCUGCAAAUUGCUCAACAUUAAAUAUUAUUGGUGAGAUAUCCUUAGAAAUAAAUGUUAAUGGCAUAAAAACAACAGUUAUUGCUGAUGUUACAACAAAUCUUGCUACAAAUUUAAUAUUAGGUAGUGAUUGGAUUCAAUUAAAUAACGUUUAUUCUUACAUCUGA